GUCAGGAUGGAAAUGGAAGAAACUAAUAGAGUUAAAGUGCAGAAAAAAAUAAGAUCAAAUGAGAAGCUACCAUACAUGACAGCUGUUGGUGCAGAAGCAAACCCUUUGAAAAAAUUUACCAUCCCUAAAAUAAGGAGGACUGCCGAUAAAGUUUCUUUAACACCCUGCUACACUAAUCAGAGGGAAUAUAGCAGCAUCAGCCAUACUCUGAGCCAGUCUCGUCUCAACACAGGAUGUGACCUGCAGUCCUCAUGGCAGUUUGGUGAGAUAAAACUGGUACACAAUGAAGAUCUGGAAAAAAAAUUUGCUGCAAAGAGGGCCAAGAUGCGUGAGGAAGGAAGGCAAGGCAGAGAACUUGAGGAACAUUUUUGCUUUUUGGUGCUGCCUUGGGAUGAGGUCUCAAAAAUUUACCAGAGUGGAAUACAUACCAGCGAGUCUGCAAUGAAGGAAUUGGGAAAUCCCCUCCUUGGAGUUUAUUUAUUCAGACAUGUUGAUGUUGCUUUGAAUUAUGCAAACAGAUUGAUCAGUGCAGAAAACAUCCUAGUUUUCAAGGUUCUCUUUGGAAAGGUAAAAAAAAUUCAGCCUCCUAUGGGUAAAAAGAAAGUUGCCCUGGAUCCUACCCCAAACUUCGAUUGCCACAUGUCUAGAAUUGCUCCUACACUUAAAGAUCCAGUUGAUGUGCAGGCCAUUGGCUCGUCGGUUUACUUCUAUGAAUACAAUAUACACUCAAAACCGGUGGAUAAGCCUAGGCAAUGCCUUCCAUAUGCAGUAGUAACAGUAAGAUUUGUUGGCCAGAAGGUGGAAACUGACCCUCUUAUAACAUCUGUGAGGUUUCUGUCUAAAGGAUUUCCUAAGUAUUCUGGAAGACGAGGCUCAUGGAAAAACUGUACAGUAGCCAGAAGGAUCGGUAAAGGCGCUCAGGCUACAAUAAUCUAUGAGCAUUUCAGGCAACCUGUAAAUUUACUUGCUUUCAGACCUGAGGAAAGCUCUUCUUGCAGUGAAGUAAAUUCAGAGGCGAAUACUUUUGGCCCAAAAGUUUCUUCCUCCUGUGAAAAUACACAGAACAAGAAUGGUUCGGUAGCUGAAGCCCAUGAUACCCAAGUGGAACAUAUCAUACAUGGAAGGUGGGAUUCAUCACCAGUGCAAGAAAAUGAGUCAAGUCUGCCACUUGUGGCUGCUGUAGAUACCAAUGGAAUCAUUAGUAAUGACCACAUGGUGAAUCUAAAAUGCAUUAUUUCAAAUGAUGAUUUUACCACAGUUUCUGCUGCCUACAGUAGUAGUGGUUCAAGUUCUGUAAUUACGUCAAGACUCAUUAUGGAUCCAAGACUAAAGAAAAGAGAAGGAAACCCAGGAAAACAAAACACUGAGGCAGUUUUUCAUGGGAAUUCAACACCUGAGAAUGGGCUGGACUAUCUCAACUCAGAAAUGAAAAUAUCAGCCACUUUAAAUAUACCUUCGCCUGAAGAACCUCCUCUGCUUAAUGACCCAAAACAUGGUCAACUUAGACAGAGACAUGUGGAGCAAGCAUCACGGAAAGAGGCAGCUUUCAUAAAAGAGUUUAAAUCAACACUAAAUGCAGACAAAGAACACGCUGUGGAAAACAAGCGAGUGGCUGGCAGCAUAACAAAACUUCCUAAAGGAAUAGUGGAGCCAUUUGCAUUGCAGGAUGUUCACACACAUCCUGCUUCAAAAACUGUUAUUGAAGAGAAGCAUAUCACAGCAAAUGAGAACCAUAUCUGUGAUAGAAAAGACUUGAAAACACCCCAGAUUACAAUGGGAGAACAACUGAGGAAAUGUUCAUCUUUUCCAUUUGGGGACCCAAAACCUGAGAUAGACUUGCAGGAGAGUUUGGCCAUGAAAGACAAAGCAGACCACUGCUACACAGAAAAAAGUUCCAAUCUUCAUAAGAACAAUAUAAAGCAUUUACCUGUUCAUGAUAGCAAAAAGAACUUAAGUUUCACUAAAAAGUCAAGGCAUAAUGAUCCUCCUCCUGAUCAAAAGUGCCAGUCUGUGUCAAUGGGAAAGUCAGUUUCAUCAGUGCUACUUGCUAACUUUGCCUGCAACACACACUCCAAAGCCAUGCCUCACAGCAUUGCAGAUUCAAGCAGCUGUCUGUAUUCCAGAUCUCAAAAGGGUUCCAAUCCCCAUAUGCCAUCAGUGGUAGGGAAUAUUUUCUCUUCCUUCUCUGCAGACUGUCAAAACAGAAAUUCAAAGAAAGUACCCGCAGAGGACCUCGAAAAAAGAGAAGAACAAAGGCCACACUCAUCUCUGUCUCAUGCGUGGAGACGGGGCAAAAUGUCAGUAGCACAGAACAAAAAUAAUGCAAAUAAAAAAUCUGAGAUUUCCCAUGAAGUGUGUAAUGGUCUUUACUCACUUAAGAAACAUGAUAAAGGGCAGGGUUCAGCACAACCGAACUAUUCUGAAAGGGAUAAAUAUGCCUCAGUGAAAGGAGGGCAGAAAUGUCAGGAAUCACAAUCUAUUAAUUUAAAAGUACUUGAGGAUAAUCAAAGACAUACUCCUGAACAGUCUUUGCAUGAUGAUAAAGGCAUGAAGAUAGGCAUCCAACAUUCUGAAAAUAUUAAAUCUCAUGAAGGCAAGACAGAAUAUAAUGGGAAAAUGCAUAACCAGUUCCAAGAAAAUAAUUAUACUUCUGAAAUAGGAAACAGGUCAACAGAUUCUUACUUAACCUGUGCUGAAAAUACUUUGACCUCAAACAGAGACUAUGAAGUUAAUAGUGAGGGUUUUGAUACACAGGAUCAUACUUUACACAUUGGUGUCCAUGGAAGAAUGCAUCUUUUUAAACAUGAUAUGAGAAAACAAUAUGCCAAAGUGGAAGAGGACAAGUGUGUCUGUCAUCACGUUGCUUGUGAAUCUAUUCCUAGUGAUCAAAUCGUUGGUGAAGAAAACUUUCACCAACGUAAGCUUCCAGACAGUUUGCUUUCUGAAAAAGCCAAUGUUGAUGAAGGCCCUAUAAAGGCCCAUAAAUUAAUAUAUUCAGCAACUGAAAUUACAAACAGAAAUUGCAUAGGUAAAAGAGAAGAUGCUACAAAAGAAGUAAAAGGCAAUUCUUCCAUCAAAGAAACAGUGAAUGACCAGAUAUAUUUGUCUCAUGCUAUCUGCAGAACAGACAAAGUAUUGAGAGAUUGCUUCAAUAAAGAAUGCUUAUGUUUCCGUAGAGAAAAUGAGCUAGUGUCAUUAGACAAACAUUUCUGUAGGGAUAGCAAAGAGAGUGAUGCUUCUGGAGCUGCAUUUUUAGAUGAAGAGCAGAGUUGGAUCUGUAAUCAGGAAAUGGGGACCGAUAUAAAUGUUAAUGAUUUCAACCAAAUGCACACAUGCCAACUUGGAAAAGAAUUUAGCGAUGUCCCAGGAAUCUGGAUGGAAGUUUGUGACACUCCUCAUCUUCCGGAUUUAAAAAGAUCAGCUUCUGAUUUAAACUUAAUUUUUGAAGAAGGAGGUGCAUUAACCGAAGCAUAUUUGAUGGAAACAGAAAAUAUUGCCACCUUUAUAAAGGAAAAGGGAAUUAUUCCAGAUAACAAAAGAGAAUCAGAAGAGCUGUCUGCCACAGCAGAGUUGUGCAGACCUGCAGCACUGCCAGGGGCUCAGAAAUGGGAAGAGCAGAAUGCUGUUAUGCUAAUCACCACCAUAUCCAUACCUUCUGGAAAUGUGGAACACCAAGAAAGAGGAUGUUCCCAACCUGAGGAAACCUAUAUUUCUGAGAAAAACUCCUCUUGCCAUGAAAAUAGUGUGCAGGAACUAUUUAAACAGAUGAUAGAGGAGAAAUGUGAGGAUGUUUUUCUCCAGGGCUUGGAAUUUGAAAGUGAGAUUGAAAUUCCUCUGGAGCAGCAUGAGGAAUCUCUCUCAGUACCACAAAAUCCACAUAGUCAUGAAGCUGGAUCUGAUGAGGAGGUUGAUUCACUGUAUCAGGACUUGGCAGAUCGUAUAGACUGGGAAAGUUUGUUUGGAAACACUGGCCAGCUGAUAUUAGAGAAAAGUGAAGAUCAUUGUUCACCGGGGGGAAAAUCUUGCACAAAGGAAGAUAAAACAGAAUCUCUAAGUACAACUGUGUGGCCUGACUUACAAAUUACAAUAACCAACAUACUUAAACCGGGAGUCAGCCCCCUCAACAUUGGAAUUGCAAGAGAGAUGUGGAGAUGUGCAAUUGAAUCUCCAGGAUUAGAAGUCAAUAUGGAAUUGUCAGGAGAGCAAAGAAGUGAAGAAUAUAUGCAGAAUUUGGAUCUUACAAAUAAAAUGGAAACAUGCCUACCUAUCUGUGUUCAUGAGGCAGAUAGUCAUAUGCCUGAAAAAGAAAGCAAAACUUUCACUGCACCUGUUACUGAUUCUGAUGUAUUGAAUAAAGGAAGUAGCUUUUACGGUACAAAACCAAAAGAUAAUAGUAAUGAAUCUAAGAGUAAAAAAGGUGCGCAAUCAAAAGUUAAGAGAAAACAGCCACAUAAUAAAUCUCUAACAAAUAAAAUGAGGUCUCAGAAAGCUUCAACACGCUCACCUAUAUACAGAAACUCAAAACUUUGUGGUAAAAAGAAAGAACACUAUUCAUCUGAAAUGUUUUCUUUAUUGUUUGAGGGACGAAUGAAAACACUUGCACAGUCUGAAAAACACAUAAAAAAUGUUCUAAAUACUCUUUGUAGUGAAGCAUCCUUAUGCAAAAGUAAGCGUCUCUCCAAAAAAAUAGAUGGUGCUAUGUUUCACUUAAGGAAAGCUCAGAGGAGAGUUCUCAAAUCUUUAAAAAUUGUAACUAAAGUUGGAGAGAAAAGACAAAAGGGUCGCUUACCAAAAUGUUAUGAAAUAAUAUGUAACGACUUAUGGGAAAGCUGUGAUCUUGAAGGGCAUAGUUUCUUGACAACUGGGAAGUAUUCUUCUGCUCACUUUUCUCAGAAAAGAAAGUAUAACAUAAAGGGAAAUAAACGAACUGUAGCAUUUAAGAAAGCAGGUGACACAGUUACAUGUAUGCCAAUAAAACAAAGGUUUAAAAAUAAAGGGGAUAAAAUGAGAGAAAUGGUUUCAGAGGAAGACAAGGACGCAAGGUCCACUACAGGUUGUGCACCUGUUGUGUUGAAAGAUAUUAUAAGUCAGAUACAUCAUUGCAAAUCAGACUUAACUGUGGCUUCUUCAGUAACUUGUAGUCAGUUUUCAGCUGCUACAUGCAAGGCAUAUUUGGCUUUUGAGGGUGACAGUGUGAGAGAUAUGAGAAGAAUAACGGAACUUCAAACAGUCUCUGAAAACUCUGUAGGUUUAGACGCCAUUGGGCUAGAAGAUAUGGAACUAACUAAUAAGGAACACAAGGUUUUUGUAAAUGUUUCAUCUAAAAUUCAUGUUCAAGGGACUGCUGGACGAUGUGGCAGUGUAACAAGACAAGACCAUAUCCCUGAAGCAAAUACAUUUACCAACAAAAAUAUCUCAAAACGUUUGAGCUUGCCUGUCGAAAGGGAUGAUUCUGUAGGAUUUUGUACAGACAAAAGAAAAGAUGGAGCUUGUAAGACUAAUGUAAAGAUGAAUGCUGUCAUACAUACGUCACUAUUAAAAACAGCUGCAGAGAGCUGUUUAAAUGCAAACACCAACAAGCAAGAUGUUUCCACACUCUCUGCUACUCACAAAAACCUGGACAGUAUUCUUUCUACUGAAAAAGAGACUAUGUUUUCUGCUGGCAGUGGGGGUAUUUCCACAAAUCAGAGUGUUGGUAUUGGAAACUUUUCUUCAGGCUCAAUGAGGCUGAUGCCUGCAGCAGGAGGAAAACAUGAGACCAAUGUAUCUCAAGUUCCAUUAGACCACGAAAUUAUUAGUGCUAAAGCUGCAUCUUUGAAAAUGAGCUCGAACAUUUCAUCUGAGAGACUUUUAGAGACCCAUUCUUUUGAAACACCAACAGUACCUCUCAGCGGCCAGCUGCAAGAUAGAGGCUAUGACAGAAAAGAAACUUCAAAUGCAGAAAUGCGUUGUCUGAGUAAUUACAGUAAAGUAGCUGAAAAGGAGACACAUGUUACUGAGACUAUCAAAUUGGAACCACUGGCAAAAAUUUUAUAUAAGAGAGAAAAUAAUAUAGAGAUAGAGAACUAUUUAAAGAAUGUAUCUUCUGUGUCCUUAGUAUACAAUGCUCUGGCCCCAUUUUCAAAUCAGUACAUUUCGCAGGAAGUUGGACAGAAUACAUUUCCAAAAAUAAAGGAAACGGGGCUAGUGGAAAGCAAAGCGAAAUCACCUGUAAAUCUGUAUCUGGUAAAAGAUGUACCUGGGAGAUCCUCUGCUAAGGUCGUUUUGGAACAAAAGAGUAUAACACACAGAGAAGGUCACUCUAGCUGUAAUAAGGAAUACAAAUGCAUUCAGAGUUCUUCAAACAACAGCAGUGCUUUCACUGCACCUGUCUUAAGGAAGCCAAUUGAUAAGAAAUUUGUCAAAAGAAAUGAAGAUUGGAAAGAAAGCACUAACAAAGAUCGCCAGAUUAACUCAGAGUUGAAAUCAGGAAUCAUGGCAAAACAAGGUAUUCGAAGCAUUACUGGGACUUACGAUGCCUUACCAAGCAAAACACAUCAGAAUCUUACAGCCCAUGUGACUAAACUGAAUGCAGAUCAUCUCUUUGAUGAUCAUCCUAACAAACGUAAGGGCAUCAAUAGUAAAAACAAGCAUAGAGCAGUGGGGACGGAACUGAAAUCUCUUGCUUUCAUAACUGAAAUAUCAAAUAUUUUACAAAAAGCAGAUGAAACAUCAUCUCUGAAAAUAUUACAGGAACAGAUUACAAUUUGUGAUAACCUUCUUCCUUCAUUUGUUAAAGCUUUUGAAGAAAAGCAAGGGUGCUCAUUUAAGCACAUCUUGGUUUCCCGAGAGUUACUGGUUGAAAGAAAGCUAUGGAAUAACUGUAAAUCCAAGUUAAAAUCACAUGCUGUAGAUUCACUGGUGGAACUCCAAAUGAUAAUGGAAACAGUUCAGUUCAUUGAAAACAAAAAGUGCUUUCUAGAAAGGGAGCCAACUUUUCGAAGCUUGCUUUGGUAUGAUGGUUCCCUGUACGGGGAACUGCUUGGCAGGCCGUCAGGGUAUCAACAACAAUCCAGUUUCUUUCCAGCUUUCCAAAGAAGGCUGAAGUACAAUGUUUUUCGUGAGCUACAGAGCUACCAUAAACAGUUAUUAGAGCUCUUUGAAAAAACAAGGUGGGAAAACAAAUCUUACUAUGCAUUCUUGAAAUUCAGACGAGAGAUUGAUGAGUGUGAAGCUGUGAUACAACAUAAUUCUGAUUGCUUAGAUUUUUUCCUCUCUGUGCCUUUUACUUGUGGAGUUAACUUUGGAGAUACUUUAGAAGAUUUGGAAACUGUAAGGAAAAGUGCUGUGGAACUGAUAAAUACGUAUAGGAACCUUCCAGAUGUUCAUGCCUAUGCCGAAAAAGAGGACCAUCUGUGGGUUAUAAUGGAAAUUAUAUCUACAAAGAUAAACUUUAUAAAGGCCUGUGAAUCAAUAAAUAUGAAAGCCUCACUCUUUGGCCUUGAGCAUAUAUUUUUUGAUGCUGCUAAAAGUCUUGUUUGGAAAGACAGACGUCUGUUGUUAAAUAAAGCCUCUCCCAAUAAGAAAAAACAACUUCUGUGCAAAAUAAACCAAGAUGCUCUCUCCAAGCUGUAUGAAGUUUAUGAAUAUGUGGCUGAAGAAUUUAGAACUGAAAAAUCUAACAAUAUUACUGAGAACAAAAAUGAUACAGAAAAGUCAAAAUAUUGUGAAAACAAAGGCAAACAUGGAGAUGAAAACUCUGACUUCUUCACUGUUUUGCUUUCACAUCCUGAUAUUUGCUGUGUUGGAGAAAUAUUAGAUGAAGCUCAGUUUGCAGACCUCAAGAAGUUACAGCAGCUAAUGCUCAGAUGUACAGGACAUUUAGAAAGCUUAAAAAUGUAUUUUCAGAUUUUGCAGGAGGAGGAGGUCAGUAAAAUCUUGAUCACAGAGCAAAAUGUGUUAGACACAAUGAAAAAUGAUGGCAUUAAUGCUGUAAUUUUAAAGCCUGAAGCUGUUGAGACUUACAUUGAAGUACUAAUGAUGUAUGAAACGGUUCACUUUCUUAAAAAUUCAAUAGCAAGAAAAACAGAUGAACCGAGAUUUCGAAGCUUGUUGUGGUUUGAUUUAUCGCUUCUUCCUGAAUUGGCACAUUGCCAAAAGAAAAUGUCUUCCUUUUCAUUUCUGAAAGAUAAUUCUAUGGACAACCUUUGUAAAACUGUAGAGUCUGCCAUCUCUGAUCUGAAGAGUGAGCUGGACAUUAUUUGCAACUAUGCAGAAACCAUAAACUGCUCUUAUGCACUUCACCUUCUCACCAGAGAACUUUCAGAACUUUCAGAAACAAGAAAAUUAAUACAAAAUUCCAAACCUUCUAUCUUCACGUAUGUUGAGUGUGUACCUUAUACCAUAUCUGUAAACUAUGGGAGCACUGUGACUGAAUUAGACUACAACUACAACCAGUUUUCUUUGUUGCUUGAAAAUUUAAUGUUGGCUGCUAGGAAAGAUUUAGGAAAAAUGGCUCAUAUUAUGAAAAUCAUGAAAACUAUUGAGCAUAUGAAGUUUGCUUGUGCCAAAAAAGGUAAAUCGGUCCUCUCUCUUCUGAUAUAUCAGAUGCUAAAUAAUUGGAGAAAGACCUGCCAGUUGAAAAGAAAGGGAGACCUGAAAAUGCAUCUGACUAAAACUAAAAAAAGUGUGUGUGAAACUCAAGCUCCAGGGUAUAUCAUCGAAGCUAGCUCUCAGUGCCAGAAAAAAAGACCUAGUUUUGUGUCCUCACAUGGAGACACUCCUGAGUAUACAGAAAGCUCUCCUCCUUCCAGCUGCAAAAAACAAAAGGUUGGUGUUCUGAUGGCAGCAGCCUCAAAAAAUGGCGAUGAAAAUGAAACAUGCUGCCACAUAAGAGAGAAUGCAAGAGUUAAUCCUCAAAAUGAAAAAGAUCUAGCAUCGAGUAUCUCACCGGAUAAUCUAGGAAACAAGAGGCCUCUAGAAAAAGCUGUGCAAGACCAAUUACCACGCUCACCUUUGCAUUCAAAAGAUUUGGAAGCUGUUUAUUGCUCUCCACAUGUUAAAUGUACACCAGAUGCUUCAAAAAGCUCAUUUGUUAAUUUAAAAGGCUUAACCAGCCAGCAGAGCUCAGCAAACCUAAAGCACAUGAGCAGAAGAAACAGUAAUUGUUACAAAAGUGCAAGAAAAGAUCAUGGUUUUGCACCCUGUGACAAGAAAUGUGAAAAUGCCCAUUUGUCUUUAGAAAAAGAGCCACUACUUCAAAAGUCUCUUGAGAAUAAUUUAUGUUCAACACACAAAUCUGUUAGGUCAACAACAAAACAAGGUGAUAGUUCUUCUGCUGUGUCUGCUGCACUGAAUCUACAGCAUGCGCAAGAAUCAGACGCCACAGGAAAUACAUCAAAAUCCAGUUUACUGGCUGAAUAUAGUAAAACUAAUAAUUUAGCCACAAAACCUGAUAGAAAAGACAAGAAAGAUGAAAAGAACUCAGAGUCUCCCAGCAGUGUGCCUGUCAGUUCUUCAGAUCUUCCUGUGAUUAUGGCAAAUAAAAAUACACAAUCACCAUCGGUGUGCUCUCUUUUGGAACCGCAUUCCAAUGAAAAUGCAAAAAGCCCUGCUGAACAUUCUGCUGUCUUUCAAAAUGAACUUCCACUAUCAACACCUCCAGUGCAAUGUUCUUUAGUGCAGGCUUAUGAGACAGCCUAUCCUUACUAUUCUUUUUAUUCUUGUCAUCAAAGCGAUAGCAAUGGCGGUUCCAUAACGCAGACUUACCAGGGGAUAACUUAUCAAGUACAACAAUUUGCUCAUUCUGGCACGUCUGCAGUUGCAAGUAACGUGUAUAAUGCACACUCUAGUAUGUUUUACUCCCAGUCAUUUAGUUACGCUGCUCUUGAGGAGCUACAAAGGCCUAACUAUGCUCAGAUAUACCCAGUGCCUGGAUAUGUUCGUUCUCAGAUGCCCCUUCCUUACAGCUUUCAGGUGCCAUCUUUACCACAGUAUGCUGCAAAUCAGCCUUGGUCACAAGGUCCUUUUCCAUAUCCUUCCAAUACAGGAUCAUCCUCAGGAGCUGUUUGGACCAGCACUCCCUGGCAGCAGGCACCUUUUCAUCCUGGAUAUUGAAACCAGUCCCAUGACAACAUUUUGGUUCAGCAUUGUUUGUUGUAAUUUUUCUUUGUUAAAACUAUUUAUUAGAUAUUUUAAAAUGCUUGUAUAGAUUUGCUGCUGAAUAUACAAUACAGAGCAUUGCAUAAUGUUCUGAAGUUUAACCACUUAUCUCACAAGGCAACAUAAUUUGCAUUUUCCAGAACUGUUGCAUCAAAAUCACUCCCUUUUUUUAGGACAUGAAGGGAGCUGGAGCUUUCCUAGUGAUUUCUGUGGGUGCAGAAUUAAGUCCUUAGUGAAUGGCAAGACUUACCUAACCAGAUUUAAAAAAACCAAACACACACAGGAAGGGACAAAUGUAAUCCCACCUCAGUGACCACUGAGGGCCCUCUGACUGUGGAGCCAGCAUGGUUCUGCAGUACAAAAGGCCGUUUAAACCACUGGAUAAAGUAAUAGCUGUGAAUUGGCUCUAUGGCUUUGGCCUGGAUUCUUUUUCCUCUGCCUCCUGGAGAGGCCCUUUAGCCUCACUGGGUGUUGUGUCUCUGGAUUUGACCCUAAUGUAUUAAGUUUUUGGUUAACUUUUAGUACUGUGAUACGGUGGUGUUUAUUUGACAUCUACUAAAAAAAUGAAAACAGAACUUUUUACGUGUGAUUAUAGGAUUUUUAGCUUUUAAAUACAUUUUUUUGAACAAAAGUACUGCCUCAGGCUGUCAAGAUCUAUAGUCAAUUCUGAAUCCUUGGGUGAAAUUCACCCCAGUGCAGUGGGCCAGCGCAAGACUUACCCAUCACUCAUGUCUGAUUUUGCAGAAAAUGUGCACGGACUUUCUGCUAGCCUGGGACUGCUUUUUUUUUAAACACUGGAAUAGAGAAAUUCGAUUCUUGAAUGUUAUGGUUAGUAUUUUCUAUAAUGGUAGUUGAUACUUUGCUGUAUCUGAUAUGCAAAUAACUAACAAAUCUGUUUCAAUCCACACAGUUUUUACACUAACAUAUUAUAUAUAUGUAUAUUAUUUAUGACAGUGGUUGGAAUACUUUUAGUAUUUUUCUCGAACAGAGACGACUUAUUUUUCUAAUUUUUGUACAUUUUUCUUAGAAAUAUUUCUAAGUAUAUGGGUCUUUAUUGAAAAUUUUAAUUUUAAACGUUAACAGCAUUUGUACAGCGCAAGUAUUUGAGUAAACUUAAUAUUUUAUUUGUACGCAUUAAACAGGUUUUUUUAAAAAUGUAGCAAAUAGUUCAGAAAUAACAAGACUGACAGUCUAGUUACAGUUAGGUGUCUAUACGGUGGUAAUUUAGGACAUAGCACAAACUACAAAAUUGGCAACUCUGUAAGACAUUAGCUCUUAAUUUACAUUAAAAACACAAAUUUUACAGAAAAAUUAAAAUACCUGUGUUGAACUUCUAAAUAUGCAGAAUAGUCCAGGGUUUAUGAUUGUUUCUCUUUGCUAAAGAAUCACCAGUAUUUUCUAAAUGUUGUUUGGGUACUGUAGUGUUUUCAUGAGAACAAGAUAUAAUUAGAGGGGAAUUACAUUAAUCAAAAUCACAAAGAGAUCUGGGUGAGAACCUUUGCCAUUGAUUUCAGUGGGGCCAAGGUUUCACCCUCUAUUGCAAUCUGAGAUACACGGGAUAGGAACCCAUCUAUCUUGUAAAAAUCAGUUCCUGUGGUUUACACACAAUUGGAUAGCAGAUGAUCUCACUGGCUCUAUGGUAACGGAAAUCCACAUAUUUAAGAGCAGAGUUAAGCCCUAAAUUGGUAAUUUCUACAUCUGAUAUGCACAUGUAACAUCUGAAAUACAUCCUUUAACAUGAUUGGGAAGUGUAAAUCUUUGUCAACAGGAAAACAGACUUCUACAAGUGUUAAACUUCUCAUGAUUUUGUGCAACAUACACAGCUGAUUAGAAUUAAAAACUGUCAAUUGCUAGCAAUAAUGUGGAAAUGUAAGCAUGUUUAUUUACUACAGGUGUAUUAUCAAUGGGGUAUUUUAGGGCUGGUAGAAUAAAUAUUGGCUGAAGUUAAACUUAGGUGAAAACUGUUGUUCCUAGCAAUUGCUACUUCCCCUUUCUAGUACAUCUCUGCUUUUUUGGAUGAAUAAUAAUUCACUUCUCUCAUAUCUCUAAAUUACAGUGGAAUCCUGUUUCCAUGCUAAAGUGGAGCAGGGAAUAUUUUAAGACUUUUAUAUGCCCCCAACCACCUUGUAUUUUCUCUUUAUUUGGUCUUAAAUAGUAGCAGGUACAUACAAUACUAGGUACACUGGGCCAAAUUCAUCUCUGGUGUAUUUCCACUGAAGCCAGCAGAGUUACACCAAGGUUGAAUUUGACUUAUAGCUUUUUACAAUGUGUUACUAUGAGUAUCUGCUGGUGUAAUAAUGCAGAAUUUAGCCAGUUUGUCAUUUUUGAAUAAUAAUAAAAACACUUGUUU